AUGGAGGAGGUCAACCGCAUAUCCUCCCUGGCGAACCAGUCGGGAGGGAUAAAGUCUUAUCUCGAGGAGUUCAGGGAGGCAGGAGCACCGGUCUUUGAGCUAGAGGCCCUUGACGUUGUGGAGAUCACCGAAGCGGACUUCGAGGUCACACUACCGCGUAAUCCCGAGCCUUCUGUGGAGAGGAUUAUGUCUGAUGCGGCGGCUUCUCUUAAUCAGUACGAGUCACACAUGUCGCCUCAAGAUUUUGCGGCUGAGGUUUUGCCCAGGGGCGUUAGUAGUAAUAGGGCGGAGGUCGUGAAAGAUCCUGUUACUAGAGAGGCUCUCGCCUAG